AUGGCAGAGUUGGCUGUCGAGAGACCUGGGGAUAUUUACGAAGCACUCGUUGUAUUGCCUCAUAUACCUAAGCACGAUCAGCUGGGAGAGGAUUCGAAGAGGAGGAGGAAGUGCACUCCCUCGCCAGAGACUAAUUCGCCGUCGAAGAGUGUCAUCCUAUCUCCUUCUGGUGCUCUACCUUCCGAAAGGAUCAUCGUCAGCCUCCAAGAGACGCGUUUCGCAUCAUAUGCGAACUAUUUUCCCUCGGGAGAAGUUGCUAUUCAAAAAAGAUUUUUUCUUGAACCAAGGCACAAUCACCCUGAAACACUGUUCUCUUACUUUCCCACAAAUGAUAACCUCCCCUGUCGUCACAUCAUCUUGCCGUUCCAUCUCAGACAUAACAACACGGCCUUUAAUGCAGAAAACUCCAGAAUUUUAUCCCAUCUGUUCCCCGAUACCAGGGAGGUUUCCUUCGAUGGGUAUUUUCUGAUCUUUUGGCUUGACCGAUUACCGCCAAAGCCAUGGCCCAUAACAAUUGCGGGCGUACAACCGUACCUUACAUUAGAUCCCAAUGACGAGGGGCCCACGCCGCCCAUUAAGCGGCCGAGCAGAUCCAUUUUCCGGGUCUCCCCAGAACUGGACGGCAGCGAAGCAAAUGCUGACAGAGUCUUUGAAGUGGCCAGAGAUUUCUUUCUAGAUGCCGAGAUACACAUUACCGAGAUUCAAUACUGGGGAGGCUUUCUUGUGAUUGUUCUUGAGGAAAAGGAUACUAAUCUCAAAAAAGUUCCAAGCUCUGUUGCAAAAUGUCGAUGCUUUUAUGUAUAUGAACAGGAGAUGGACCGACAGCUCCCAGCCAGGUCUGCGGCCAAACGAGUCUGUGAUUCUGGCUUCGGUAUCAUAGACAAUACGAAAUACGAUGUUCUACGUCCUGGCGUGAUACUAAGCUCUGUAAGCUCUGAAAACGAAGUGAGCACAGAGACCGAACACCUCACAUCCUCUGGAGUCCUGGUGGAAAACGAAAUGGGUCACAAAUACCUGACAGUAGCGUCACACGGAGUUGCCUAUGGGGAAAACAUCUUCCACCCGUCUUCUCCUGGAACUGAGAUAGGGAAACUCAUCCUGGAAGGGCCUCAUACUGACAUUGCACUUGCAAAACUGCACGACACAACCACCUUCCUCAACGAAACCUUUGAAAGUGCCACAGAUGGUACAGACCCUGUCUCUCUAAGUGGGCUGGUGCCUGCGCAUGAGGUCCAAAUUGGUUCUACUAUCUAUAUGAACAACCCUUUUACAGGAUACUCGGAAGGAACAUGCGGAGCAAGGUCGUGGACCCGGGUGCCUAGUGAUGAUCCCCACGUUCCAAACUUGCACUGGGUCAAGACUCAGUGGUCUUACCUAGGUCAAGGAUUUCAAGAACAGCUCGAGGACGGCGUCUGUGGCUCUGCAAUUUGGUCGGAGAGUGGCAAGGUUCUGGCUUUCUUUCGGUACGCCCCUGCCUCCGGUCCCUACAAAGAUUGGUGUAUGUCGAUUGCAGCUGGAAACCUCAUCGAUCGCGGAUACAAGCUUGCUACUUGAAAAGAGAGGGGAGGGAAUACAAACGUCCUACCGACGAAUAGAUAUACAUUGUUCUCCUCUCUAAGCAGCGCAUCUACACAAGACCGAAUGGCG